AUGUCCACCUAUGCUCAACCAACAGUGCUCUCCAGAUCAGGUGUAUUUCACCGUUUAGGAUCUCUUUUAACUGAUGUAUCUAGUAUAAACUCACUCGAAUAUCAAAUUCCCUUUUCGACUGAUCAAACAAUCAACAAUGAUAUCAUUGAUUUUGAAACAUCUUUUGCGCAAUUAUCAUACCGACAAGAUCUAUCAACUAUUGAACAUGUACAUAUUCGCUGUCGGCCAGCAUCUUCAUUUGAUCCAUCGAUUCACACGAGUCUAUGUGAAGUCGUACUUGGCCUAUAUCCUGACACGAAUCUAUCAGCAUCAUCGUCGUCUGCUAGUGAACAACCUGUCAUUGUACGUGGAGUGAUCGAACGACGCCAUCGUCGAAUUAAGGUAGGCGAUUGGUUGUUAGCAAUCAAUGGCAAUCGUGUGGAUUGCUUGAAUCUCAACGAUAUUUUAUCGAAAUAUUCUUCUACUCGCAAAGUACGUCUCACCGUUCGUCAUCCCGAAAUUUUCAAUUCGAAAUUUUCCUUGUUGCCACCACCACCGACCAUUUUGUCACCAGUCGAAGAAAAAAAACUGUCUCUACCGGAACAAAUCGAAUGCAUACACUCGAUACUUUAUUAUCAAAAGAAGCCAAAUGAAGGCUUCGAAUUAUUAUUUCAACAUCCUUCGCAAAAAGAUAUUUUCUUUGCCGUCGGAUGUGUUUUUCCGACACUAUUACAAGUUAUGCAUGAUAUGAAUGAACAGGAUAGUCUACUUCGCAGUGUAUCUAUCAAAUUAUCCGAACAACUUGUGCCCGUAUGUAUUGCAAGUGAUGAUAAUGUUUACUAUCUGAUAAUUAUUUAUCCUCCGAUCGAAAAUCUACAUAUUUGUUUACUUGAGCAACACACUGGACAAAUGAUCCGUUUGAUAAACUUCUUAUUUGGUUCGAUUUACGAUGGGUUGUUCAUGUAUACCGAAUCGAUUCAAUACUUUUUUGAUAUAUUUUUCUAUCGAUUAAAUCAUCUUCUGUCAUCAUCAGCAAAUUCAUCUCCAGUAUUGAAAAAUCUUCGUUUAAUCGAUGAAUUUUUACCUGCACAAUUCGGUAACAAUGGAACAUGUCCAACUUUAAUGUUGAACAACCAACAAUUACUAAUAAACAUCGAUUGUUUACUGAACCAACUAGAAUGUCAACGUUUCAAUGAAUGUCCAAAUGAAGAUGAUGUAAUCAUAAAUCGUUAUCGUCGAUCUUUUUUCCUCAAUGGUUCGAUCUUAUUUCAUCGUAGUUAUCUGUUGAUCAGUCAUUUAUCGAAUGAAUUAACAAGUGAUAUCUAUCGUUUCCUUCUUCACUAUGGACAUUUGAAUGUAGCACAGUUUCCUUGCGAAACAGGACAAUUAUUAUUAUUCAAGGAAAUUUAUCCGACGACUUCUGAAUCAAAAUCUCGAUAUUUCCUAGUAGUCUGUACUCAUGGCGAACUAACGCUAGCUGUGAUUAUUGAAACAGAAUAUGAGAGACAUGAUUUCAAUAUAUCACCUGAUCAUGGAAUAAUUCAACAGAUAAAGUUAACUUUAAAUGAUAUAUAUUCAAUCAUUCCGAAACUAUUAGGAAAUGCAUCGCCAUGGCAUCUCUCAUCGCCUUCAGCAUUUUUGAAAAAACAACUAAAACGAACUAUUUCAUUACCAUUAAUAGGAGGCUUUAAUCAAUCUACUAAACCCACUACAACUGAUGUCAACAUUUACGACACGACAUCCAUUGCAUCUUCUCACCAGCAUGAUCCAUCUGUAACUGAUGCUCGAGUCACACAAUUAGUCAGUCAACCUGAAUCACAAGAUGAAUUAUAUAAAAGUAGUCGACAAUCAUUUCGAUCUUCCACAUUGUCUCUCGAUGAUGCGCAACCGAAUAAAAAUCUGCAAUUGAAUCUCUCAACUUAUCGAUUACAUCCUGGUGCUUAUUCAACCAUAUUUUACUAUUUAGAUUUUCAAUCCGUCCGAGGUUUACUCAUAGCGCCCUAUUUUACUUUGGACAAACUCACUCAUACAACAUUGCUUGAUCGAUUAUUGUUCGAAACGAUUCAGCAAACAUGCAUCUAUAUACGACAAAAACAUUUUUCUCAAUCAACACAAACAAAAGCGAGCGGCUUAUUCAGUAGAAAAUCUCGUCCGAAAUAUUCCGAAAUCGGUUGUCAAUUCGCUUUGAACACCGAUUCGGACAGCAAGAAGAAAAAAGAUGCAAAUCUAUUUCAAUUUUGGAUCGUUGGUAGAAAAUGUUUUCAACCAAUUGAACACGAAUUUUUUGUUUGCUAUUAUGAUUCAAUCGCGCAAAAUAUUACUGAAUUAGCAUUCACAAUUGGAAUGUCAUCACAUCGUUUUUCGAUGUCUCGUUCUACAUUCCUGACGACAACGUCGUCAUUUGAGUCAAGUGAGACUCCCGCUCUUCCGACAACAACAAAUCCCAAAGCAGAUCAUACACGUGCUCUUCAUUUUCAUCACCGUCUCAUGCCGACUAUUUCUUCAAGUAGUCGAUCCAACGAAACCGUGCCCGUUCGUGUUGUUCAAUCAUCUUCAACCACAGAUUCAACAACAACAACAACAAUUACCACAAAUACUACUCAACAUAAGUCAGUAGUACGUCUUAAUCCGAAAAGUAAAAGGAAUACAAGAGAUAAACGUCGUGCGACUGGUAUUCGACCGGACGAUGUUAUGUCAGCGAAUGCAUUGAAUGAUACUCCUUUCAACAAUGAUGACGAAGAGGACAAUACAAAUCCACACAAUCAAUUCAUUACAUUGACUAGUGUCGAACCCAGUGAAUCCAUGGUUCAUAAUCGAACGAGUUCUCCCAAAUCUGUAUUUACAGUCAGCCGAGUGCAACCGACAUUCGACGAGAAUACCAGACAUACAUUCGAUAAACUAACAAUUUCACGAGCAGAUCCUUAUGCAAUAACAUCAACCCCAUCAACAACAAUUUUCCAGCCUACUGAGUUUAUUGUUCGUCGGCAACCAUCAAUUGAUGAUUCUUCAACGAUGAAAUGUCGACAGCUUGAAGAACGUAUUCGUGCACUUGAAAAUCUUGUGCAUGAAAAAGACUCGAUUAUUCACGAUUUACAACGAAAACUCGAUAACACGACUCGAGACUUGAAUGAUGCCGAACAACAAAUCUAUAUCCUGCAACGAGAUAAACUAACAUUGAUCAAAGCUUUGACGAACUUGGAAACAAAUUCAUCUGGUGGCACAGAUCAUUCUGCGUCUACAGUUCGAACUGGUUUCAUCACAAGAAAUUGA